AUGUCGGCCGAUCUAUCAGUAAUUGCCAAUCUGCUACAGGCCAGUCUUGAUCCUCGCCAGAACAAGCAAGCCGAACAGGCCAUUCGCGCAGAGGAAGCCAAGCCUCAGUUCUCCCUCGCUCUCCUCCAGAUUGUUGCCUCAGACUCAUAUCCCAACACGACACGAUUGGCAGCUGCCCUCUUCUUCAAGAAUUUCAUCCGCCGCAGCUGGACCGACGAGGACGGCAACCACAAGCUCCCCCAAGAUGAGGUGACGGCCAUCAAGCGUGAGGUUAUUGGCCUCAUGAUCUCAGUGCCUGCCACCAUUCAGGCACAGCUGGGAGAGGCCAUCAGUGUCAUUGCCGACUCGGACUUCUGGGAGCGCUGGGAUACUCUGGUUGACGAUCUCGUCUCUCGCUUUACACCCGACAACCCAAAGGUCAACAACGGCGUCUUGCAAGUCGCACACUCCAUCUUCCGCCGCUGGCGCCCUCUGUUCCGCACAGACGACCUCUUCACUGAGAUCAACCACGUCUUGUCAAAGUUCUGCGAGCCCUACCUCGCUCUGCUGCAGAGCACAGAUCAGCAAAUCGCUGCAAACGCAAACAACAAGGAGCUCCUCGUCCAACACUUCACCACCCUCAACCUCAGCAUCAAGCUGUUCAACGAUCUUUCCUGCCAAGAUCUGCCUCCUGUCUUCGAAGACAACCUCGCCUCUAUCAGCGCUCUACUUCUGAAGUACCUGAGCUAUGACAACCCUCUCCUUCACACCGACGAUGAAUCCGAGGCUGGUCUCUUGGAGUACAACAAGGCCGCCAUCUUCGAGGCUCUGAUUCUGUACGUGCAGAAGUACGAGGAUGCUUUCGGUCCUCACUUGGGUCAGUUUGUCAACAGCUCGUGGAACCUGCUUACUGCUAUCGGUCCCGAAACAAAGUACGACAUCCUGGUCAGUAAGGCUCUCCAAUUCUUGACCUCCGUCACAAAGAUCGACCAAUACGCACAAAGCUUCAACAACCAGGAAAUUCUUGGCCAGGUCGUUGAAAAGGUCAUUCUGCCCAACUUGUCUCUGCGCGAGUCGGAUAUCGAGAUGUUCGAGGACGAGCCGAUUGAGUUUAUCCGCCGUGAUUUGGAGGGAUCUGAUAGCGACACUCGUAGAAGAGCAGCCACCGAUUUCCUUCGCCAACUGGUUGAAAAGUUCGAAAAGCUCGUCACAGAUGUCGUUUCACAGUACCUGCAACAUUAUCUGGCCGACUACGAAAAGGACAAGAGCUCAAACUGGAAGUCGAAGGACACGGCUGUUUACCUUUUCACCUCCAUCGCUGCCAAGGGUGUGCCUACUGCUGCUCGCGGUGUCCAAACCACAAACUCAAAUGUCGACGUUAUUGACUUCUUCCAAAGAAAUGUUGCCGUCGACCUCACAGCUGCCGACACCGAGCCUAUCCUCAAGGUUGAUGCCAUCAAGUAUCUUUACCUCUUCCGCAGUCAACUCACCCAGGACCAAUGGCAAGCCGCAUUCCCUCUGCUGGUCCAAUGUCUCGGCAACGACAACUAUGUUGUUCACUCUUACGCCGCCAUUGCUGUUGAGCGUGUGCUCUACAUGACUGAUGACAAGCGCCAGCCCAUCAUUCCUAGAGAGACUCUUCAAUCGCUUAGCAAGGACCUCCUUCAGCACCUCUUCCAACUGAUGACCAAGGACACUAAGGCCGAGAAGAUUCAAGAGAACGAGUUCCUGAUCAAGUGCGUCAUGCGUGUACUGAUUGUAAUUCGUGAGGGUGUCCUGCCCAUCCUUGACAUGGUCCUCACCAACCUGAUCAACAUUGUCAAGGUCAUUCGCCACAACCCCAGCAACCCCCGUUUCUACUACUACCACUUUGAGAGCAUUGGGGCUGUCGUCCGCUUCGCCGCUGCCACACAAUCCGCCAAGCUCGAGGCUGCUCUCUACGAUCCAUUUGCUGAGAUUCUGGCCAACGAUGUUCAGGAAUUCCAGCCAUAUGUCUUCCAGGUCUUCGCUGCACUCCUAGAAGCCAAUCCCUCAGGUUCUCUGCCCAGUUACUACCAGAGUUUGCUUGGUCCUAUCCUCACCCUGGAUAUGUACAACUCUCGCGGCAACGUCCCUGCGCUUGUUCGUCUCCUGUCAUCCAUGAUUCCUCGCGCUGCCGAGCAGAUCGUCGCCAACAACCAAAUCGAGCCUAUCCUCGUUAUCUUCCAGAAGCUCAUCUCUUCAAAGGCCAACGAGUCGCUUGGCUUUGACUUGCUUGAAGCCAUCUGUGGUAACCUUCCAGUCGCCGCGCUCCAAAACUACUUUACCACAAUUGUGCAAUUGCUCAUGACCCGUUUAUCCACCUCAAAGACGGAAAACUUCACCAUCCGCUUUGUGCGCUUCUACCACUUCUUUUCAGCACGAGACGAACAGGGUCUUGGUCCUGAUCUUUUCAUCAAUAUUACCGACCAGGUUCAAAACAAUGUCUUCACUCAGCUGUACAUCCAGAUCAUCUUGCCUGACACACAAAAGCUGUCGCGUCCAUUUGAUCGCAAGACUGCAGUCGUAUCGCUCACUCACACCUUGGCUAACAGCCAGGCAUUUGUGGAUCGCUACGGCAAGAAGGGCUGGGGCUUCACAUGCGAGGCGCUGCUUAAGCUUCUGAUCAACCCUCCGCUCCCACAGUCUGCUGACGAUCUCCUGAUCGAGGACCGUGAUGUCGAGGACGUCGGCUUCGGUGUUGGCUUCACUGCCCUGAACACAUGUAAGCCCGUGCCAAAGGACCCCUUCCCUGAGGUGCAGGACGUCAAGCAAUGGGUCGGUGUAUACCUGCGUGAGGCUGACCAGAAGACUGGCGGCCGCAUCAACGCUGCUGUCACUGAGAAGCUCGGCCCUGAUGCACAGGCUGCUUUGAGCAGCGUCAUGUCAGGUUAG